AUGUCGGACAACACUAUCGUAAAGGGCGUCGCAGGAACCUGCAUCACAUUCUCUUUCAUUCUUGCCGGAAAUGCCAUCACACAGUCCUACAUGACGGUGCCUGCCCUCCUCGUCAACUUCCCCCGCCCAGGCAGCCCCGACCACAAAGAGCGUGCGCAACUCCUAGGCCGCCAGUGGCCUCUGUGCUGGACAGUCGGCAACCAAUUCUUCCGCCCCAUCUCGACCCUUGGAUUCCUGGGUUAUGCCUACGCCGGCUACUCAGUCUACCGCGAGGGCAUGCUCGCUCGCAGCGAUUGGAAGUUGUUUGUAUUGAAUGGGAUAAAUUGA